UGCCAGUUAAAAAUCCAUCUGUGAUUUAUUCAACAGUAUGUUUUAAUUCUUGUUUUCAUUUUAGCUGCCUUGGAGUAAUGGAGAAUGAUACUACCACACCGAAGUAUGAACCAAAUAAUGACAGGCCAAGCUCAACUUUGUCUCAACCAUCUGUUCCAUAUGUCCCUAUCAAGCUUGAAGAGUAUGAAACACCAGGCUUUAGUGUCAAGAUUUUCCUCAAGAAAGUUGAAAAAAGUUGCAAGUGUAACCAACGAAGUGUCCUCAACUUUUUCCUCAAGCUGUUUCCUGCCAUAGAGUGGCUUUCGCAUUACAGAAUCAAAGAAUACCUGCUUGGUGACAUCAUCUCAGGCUUACUGGUUGGAAUAGUAGCCAUCCCACAGUCAAUUUCCUAUGCCCUUCUUGCAAGCCAGGAUCCUAUUUAUGGGCUCUAUACCAACUUCUUCUGUCCCAUCAUCUACUUUGCCAUGGCUACCUCACGCCAUGUCUGUGUGGGUUCUUUCGGGGUCCUGUGCCUGAUGAUUGGGGAAUCAGUAAACCGACAGCUGAGGUUAGCAGGAUAUGAGUCAGAUGGUGCCACUGUCAUGAUGGCCAAUGCCACAUUGAAUGGGACAGUGUUUUGUGACAAAAGCUGCUAUGCUAUCAGUGUGGCAACAGCGUUAGCAUUUUUGGUUGGAAUAUAUCAGAUACUUCUGGGGGUCUUCCAGUUGGGCUUCAUAUCUGUAUAUCUUUCAGAACCUCUGUUGAGUGGCUUUGUAACUGGAUCUUCUCUUACCAUCAUCACCUCCCAAAUGAAUCUUGUCCUGGGAAUAAAAAUCCCCCGCCAUGAUGGAGUGGGCUCCCUCAUUUUAACAUGGAUUGACAUCUUCAGAUACAUUGGCAAGGCCAACAUCUGUGAUCUAGUUACCAGUCUGGUUUCUUUGGCUGUGAUUGUGCCAGUGAAAGAGGUCAAUAGAUACUACAGAGAUAAAAUGAAGGCUCCGUUUCCCAUUGAACUUCUGGUGGUCAUUGCAGCAACCCUGCUAUCCUAUUUUUUUGACUUCAAUAGCAAAUACAAAUCUAAAAUCUGUGGUGCCAUUCCCACUGGUUUCAAGCAACCUGCAGUUCCUGAUCUGAGACUUUUGUCAAAUUUGGCACUUGAUGCUAUACCUAUCGCUAUUAUUGGUUUUGCAAUGACUGUCUCACUAGCAGAAAUAUUUGGCAAGAAGCAUGGCUAUCCUGUACGGGCCAACCAGGAAAUGAUUGCUAUUGGCAUGGGGAACCUGAUCCCCGCUUUCUUCUCCUGCUUUGCUACCUCUGGAGCCUUGACAAAGACCUUGUUGAAAGAGUCUACAGGAUGCCAAACCCAAAUAUCAAGCCUGGUAUCUUCAGUUGUGAUGCUCCUGAUCUUGUUGUGGAUUGCUCCUCUCUUCUAUUCAUUGCAAACAUGUAUCUUGGGUGUAGUUACCAUUGUGAAUCUCCGAGGGGGUUUGCGGACAUUUGCUGACAUUCCCAAGAUGUGGAGGAUCAGCAAAAUUGACACUGUAGUUUGGUGGGUCACCAUGCUGUCCUCAUCAUUGAUCUCCACAGAGCUGGGCCUUUUGGUAGGGGUCUGCUUUGCUCUCCUCUGCAUUAUCUUUCGUACUCAGAGGCCCCGAGCCACUCUUCUAGGUAGAGUGAAUGAUUCAGAAAUUUAUGAGGACCAAUUCACUUACAAGAGGAUUAGUAGUAUUGCAAACAUCAAGAUCUUCCGCUUUGAUACCUCCCUUUACUAUGCAAACAAGGAAUACUUCAAAAGUUCACUUUUCCAGAAAACAGGAAUACAGCCUUCUUUGGUUGCUGCCAUGCAGAAAAAGGCUAAAGCAAAGGCAAAAGCAAUCAUGGACAAAAAUGAAAACUGUUUCUCUUCAAAGCUAAACUGCCUAAAGCUCACAAAGAAAAGCACCACACAGGUUUCAGAAGAUGUCUCUGCUCCAGUGAUUGAUAUCUGCACCUUAAUAAUUGACUGUGGGGCCAUGCAAUUUAUAGACAGUGUGGGUCUCAGUGUGCUGAAGGAGAUCCACCAAGACUAUGGCAAGAUUGGUGUCCAGGUGUUGUUGGCCAACUGUAAUCCAGCCACUCGACACCUGCUCCAGGCAAGUGGUUGGCUCACUGGGAUGGAAGAUUCAGGUUUGCUAUUCUUCCACAGUAUACAUGCUGCUGUGAAGUUUGCUGAGCAGCAGAACCAAGCUCAACAGAAAGAGAAUGAAGUAGUCAGAGAAACUUUUCUUAGCCAAGAACCCCAGAAUGUCUUAGUAGAUUCAAGUUUGGAAAGAUCACUGUAA